GAUUAUCUUGGUUCUAAUUCAUGUGUAUUUAUGCAAGGUUGUCGUAUUGUUCAUGGAGUAACAGGUAUUGAAUCUUGUACAGAACCUCGAAUUACUGUUGUUAAUUCUUAUAUGUCAUCGAAUCCAUUUGUUGUUGAUCAUACACGAUAUGAUACAUUUCGAAAAGAAAAAACAGGUGCAUUAGAAUUUGCAAUGCAUAAAAUGUGGCGCUCAUAUUCACAAAUACAUGAUCUUGGAUCGGGUAAAUAUCCAUGGCCAACAGUAGAACAAGUUGUAGAACGGUUAAACAAAUCUAUUGAAGAACUUGAACAAUCUCGAGAUCUUCUUUUAGAGAAAAAAUCAGAUAGAAUUUUAUUUUAUGAUACAAACAAAAAACAAAUGGGUUUCUUCAAUGCAUCUCCAGUUCCACUAAAUAAAAAAUAA